AUGAACGCAUUGAACACUGCCGUCAUUCUUUCCGCUGUCGUGGCCUGUGCCGUCGCUGGAGGACUCCUAGGUGGCUACGGCCUUGGUGGCGGCUAUGGUCUUGGCGGUUAUGGCCUUGGCGGCGGAUAUGGACUUGGCUACGGCGGCUAUGGCCUCGGAUACGGCGGAGGCUAUGGUGGAGGCUAUGGCGGAGGCUAUGGCGGAGGCUAUGGCGGAGGCUAUGGCUACGGCGGGGGUGCAGGCCUCGGUGGAGUAGGCAUCGGCAGCAGCGUCGCCCUUCUUAGCGGAGGACCUCCAUUUGCCAAGGCCGUGGCUGGACCAGCCUUUGUGGUUAGGACCAUUCACCACGUCAACAAAGUCAGCGGCGGAGGAGCCCUCCUCGCUCACUCUGGCCUCGGCGGUGGAUACGGAUACGGCGGUGGCUACGGAUAUGGUGGUGGCUACGGCGGCGGGUAUGGAUAUGGCCGCUACGGCUACAAAGGCUAAGUGUGAACAUUGCCUGUUUUAUACUGAUGUUUUCUUCAUUGAAGAGAGAAAAGCGGUUGGUAGCAGUGCCCACUACGGAAGCAUCUGCUGCUGCACGAGGAGUGCGCCAAGUAGCCUUCCAGUAGUGCAAGGUGCCAGAGCCUCAGUUUAGCCAAGGCCCGGCCUUUUCGUGCGCUUAAAUAUUCUCACA